UGUGUGUGUGUGUGUCAGAAUGGAAAUGUCUUCAUCUUCACAGGAAUGCUGGAGGCUGUAGCAGACAUCCAUCAGCUGGUAUUUAUACUGGGACAUGAGAUGGCUCACGCUCUGAUUGGUCAUGCAGCAGAGCAGGCCAGUUUGUCUCACGUGGUGGAGCUGUUGUCUCUCAUCCUGUUAACGGCGAUCUGGGCGAUCUGUCCUCGGGACAGUUUAGCAGUGCUGGGCCAGUGGAUACAGGGCAAACUAGUGCAGUUCUUAUUUGACCGGCCCUUCAGUCGUAAGCUGGAGGCAGAGGCAGACCAGGUUGGCCUGCAGCUGGCUGCUAAGGCGUGUGCUGACGUGAGGGCGGGCCCAGUGUUUUGGCAGCAGAUGGAGAUCUAUGAUCAGUUGAGAGGCGAACCCACCAUCCCCGAGUGGCUGUCCACACACCCUUCCCACCAAAACCGUGUCAGACAGUUGGACCGCCUCGUCCCUGAGGCUUUGGAGCUCCGCGCAAGCUGUGACUGUCCUGCCCUCCCCAAAGCUGACCCCCGUGUCAUUUUCCACCAGGCUGUUAAAUUGCUUCUGGACAAUGCCAAAAAACAAGAAAAGAUUGCACAAGAGGAAAAGAAUGAGAAAGAGAGAGCUGGAGUCAUGUUGCCGUUCCCUCAAUCCCCUCCUGUCCUGACUCAAGGGUCUCAGCCACAGCGGGGGGGAGUGCUGGCCACAUCCGCUCUGCCACAAACUCUGCUUAGUAAAUGAGACUUGAUGAAUCAUGACUGACAGGGACAAAUUCAAGCUUUCCUUUUCACUUCUCUUUUUCCAGUGCAGUAGCUCUGAACAAGGCCUGAGAGGGUCAUUGGAUAGAACCAGGCAGUUUUUUGAUCCAUUUGAUUAGCUGUCACUUUGAUACCUACGUCAGUUAGUCUGUGAGAUGAUUUAAGUGGGAGUAUGUAGAUCAUUUGUGUUUGAUUCUUGAGUUUAUGCUCCUCCAAGCAUCCACGGCAGUGCAGUCAUGUUAAUAAUGGAGCAAUUAUAAAUGGGCUUUUGAUUGGUUUUAAUGAUGUUAUUAGCAUAAGACCCCUGUGAAGCUGAAUGCAUUAUGGUGUACAGUACAUUAUUCAUCAAACAUCUGCCUCUGCUUUAAUGUCCCCUAUAGGUUCCAGGCUGUAAAUGAAACUCUGCUGCAUAGCAGCUAAUGUCACUGUGUUUGAUGCUGUGCGGAGCUUUGGACACACUGCAUUAUUUAGAGGAUUUAUCAAUGGCCAGCUGACGCUAAAUGAGCCCAGUGCUUGUGUUCUUGACAAGUGUUGAGUUUAUUUUAAAUGCACUCUGUGUGAAUACUAUGAACGUAAAGAAUAUGACUGUAAUUACGCACAAGAUAAAUGAUUCU